UGGGGCCUGGCAGCGGGCGGGCGGCCGGGCAGGAUGAGCGCGGCGGUGCGCGCGGCCUGGCGGUUGGGCGCCGCGCGGGGCCGGGCCGGUCGCGCGCUCAGCCGGGUGGCGGCGGCGGCGCCUGGGGAUGGCGGCGGCGGCGGGAGCGGCGGCGGCUCGGGGUCGCGGGAGGCGGUGGAGCGGCUGGUGCGGGAACACCCGGUGGUGGUGUUCAUGAAGGGCAGCCCGGCGCAGCCCCUCUGCGGCUUCAGCAACGCCGUGGUGCAGAUCCUGCGCCUGCACGGCGUCGAGGAUUACCGCGCACACGACGUCCUGCAGGACCCCGACCUCCGCCAAGGAAUAAAAAACUACUCUAACUGGCCUACCAUCCCACAAGUGUACCUCAAUGGUGAAUUUGUUGGUGGCUGUGAUAUACUCCUCCAGAUGCAUCAGAAUGGAGAUCUCGUAGAAGAGCUGAAGAAGCUAGGAAUCCGUUCAGCACUUCUGGAUGCAGAAAAAGACCAAGACAAAAAGUAAAAUGAGCAAAAAAUAAUGCUGUGACAGGAAUGAAGCAAAUUUGAUAAGAGCUUGUUACCAGUAAAGCCUUACAUACUUUAGCUCAAAGAAGGCCACUUUUUGAACUGACACUAAGAUUCACCUGUGAAUUUCUGUUAGCUCAUGGUAAAUGUAGUGAUCUUGGUAUUUUCCUUUAUGCAUAUUGUGAAAGUUUGAGUAUACCUACUGUAAAGCGCACAUUUGUGGGACAUGUUGGAAAAAAAAAAAGAAAAAAGUAACUUCUAAAAACAUUAAGUUCUUGAUUGAAGCAGGAAUAAACCAAAAACCCUAAUAAUAUUUUUAUUGAUUUUGAUUGUGUGUUUCUCUGUACUUUCAUACACAAACCGAUGCAAACAGUGUUUGCAUUCCCUUGCUCCUCUUGGAAAAAUGUUAAGUAAUAGUACAUCAGUUUUGCUGUAUAACUCAUGGUAAAAAGACUUCCUAAGAGCCUGUAAAACUUCUGUAAGCAUAUGUGAUAUAGGAGAAAAGUAAUCUUCAACCUAUAUAGAAGAAAAAAGAUUGUAUGAGAGUGCAUGAAAUAUACUUUUAUUCCAAAGGAUAUAAAUAAACAGACUUGUACAAAUACAUGUAUAAUGUCAUUAUUACUCUGUAAGAUUCUUAUGGCUUUUAAAAGAUUGCAAAGAAUUGUGCCUAAAGAUUUUUAUAAAACCUUUUCUACCUCUUGUAGAGCAGCUUUUCCCCUCUGCUUAUAUACUUUAUAUAUUCCAGUUCUGUGUCAGUGCUAAAAUGUGGGAAUUGUUUAUGGUUUCACUAUUCCAUCUUGAAAUAGUAUGGGACAAUACUGCAGUUACUUCUGUGAUCUUGUAUACACUAGUUAUUAAGGUAUCUUUUUAUAUUUGUUGUAUUUCCAAGUGUUUUCUCCUGACUGCUGUGUGUUGAAUAUGCUCUUCAAACAUGGGAUUAACAGAUGAAGUGUUUCAUGUAGAUGAGUGCAGUAGAGCGGCUGCUGAAUAGAUAAAUAUUUCUUUGUGAAAAGUCUCUGAAGUCUUCAAUACCUAUUUAACCACAUUUCCCUAAGUUAAAACAAAUUAUGUUAAUCAGUGUAGCUUCAGAUGUUGAGCAAUACAGGCUAACAAAGCUGUUUAGAAAUAAAGUUUACUUUUAUUAAUAAAAAACAUUUUGCAUGUGAAUUAGACAAAUGAUUGGAAAUAAACUGUAUUUUAUGUUGAUUGUCUGCAAUAUUUACUCUUUAUUUUAAAUUAAUUCUUUAAUUACAGAUGCUGCUUUUGAUUUGAAACUUAGAAUGUUUUCUGCUGCAUAGGAUAGAAAAUGUGGUUUAGAGAAAGGAGAAAUUAUGAAUGAUCAUUGGAAGAGGAAGUCAGGACUGGAACUUGUAAAUGAGAGAUUUGAUGGAAAUUCCGGUUCUAAAUCUGUCCUGUCCACUUGAGCAAGCUAUCCAGUGGAGAAACUAUACUGGUACAUCCUUCGCAGAAUUUGCCAGACUGGUUACAGAAAGUUUACUGUAUAGUUUAAAUGCAAUCUAUCACCAGGAUUAAAUACAAUGUGUGCAUGUUCCGUGUAGUCAUUUAUUCAUAGUAGCGGUGACUGAGUUAACUAUUGAGCGUGAAUAAGUUAUGCUUGGAGCCAGUCACUUGUGACUGUUGGGCAUGGAGAUGGAGUACAAUAAUGUUUCUUCAUGUACCAUAUUGCAUUCAUGAGAUGCAAAGCUUUAGAUAGAGAAGGAGACUAGUUAGCAUUUCAUGUUACCUCUCUGAAUUCAAAUUAAAUAAGCAUUCUUAUGGCUAAUCUUCUAUGAGUAGCUUUUCUUGUUCUGAAUUUUAAGUGAUGUUUAGGGAAAAAAAAAAUGGAUUUCAAAAGUCUUUGGUUAUUCAUGUCCUGUCGAAUAGGAUCUAUUGAAAUGGAUAUACACAGUAAGCAAAGAAUAAGAUAAUGAAGAAAAUUAGUUUCUUCUUCAAUGGUUAACUAAGUCUGGCUACUAAAUAGAUAUAUUUAAAAAAAUAAAAGCCCCAAACCUGCUGUUUCAUAGAGCUCUCGUCUUUAUUCCGUGAAACCUAUAUAUUUUUCAGUGUCAUCCAUUAGUAGUGUAACAUAAAAAUGACUAGCAUUGUCAGGUCUUCUUUUUCCUCUUAAGGAGCAUUUUUUUUCUCCCAGCAUGAGUUCCUGCUUUUACCAAAACCAUGAAAAUUUUUCUACUUUCUCUACUUCCCCUUAGACUUCUUGUUUUUUAAUUAUUUGGUUAAAAUUUUGCACAACAUAUGUAGUAGUGUUUAUAUCAAUCCUUUGUCUGAUUGAAAUGUGUUGUAACUGAGCAAGUAGAAGCAGUGGUGAUGAUGUAAAAAAUGACCAAGCCACGAAGGUGGGAAUACAAAAUGUGACUUCUGCUUGCAUUCCCUACAAGCUCCGUCUUUCCAGGUUCUGUGUGUAUGA